UAGAAAUACUAGGAAUGCAAUUCAAAAUCAAUAGAGAAGAGGAGCUCCACAAAAGGCGAAUCUUUUGAAUCAAUCAAAGCAAGAGAGAAAAGAAGCUCCAAAGAUGAGACGGAAGUCAAAUCGCCAAGACAAGAAGAAAAUAUCAGUAACUUCCGAUCGGCAUGGAGAAGCAAAUAGAGAAGAAGCGACACAAAGGGCAAGUCUUUUCGAGCAAAGCAAUAGAGAAGCGACACAAAAGGCAAAUCUUUUCAAUCAAAUUACCAUUAGAGACGCGACACAAAAGCUUAAUCUUUUCAGAUGCCAACACAAGAAGAAGAAAUAAGUGCCUCCCAAUUAAGUUCGCAAAGAGAAAUUAAGGAACUAAAAGUUCAAGCUGAAGAUUGGAAGACGCGAGCUGACAAGCUAACUGAGAAUGUUGUUACCAAGCACUUCCGUAUGCAGGAUGCAUCUAUUGAUUGGCCUCCAGCUCCCGAAGAUAUGGUACGACAAAUUGAGCAAGAAGUUGAGAGGUUGAAACUAGAAAAAGAGAAGCUGGAAUUAGAAAAAGUUGAAUUGAUUGAUAGUAUAAUUUGGAGAUUUUCUGUAGCCCAAGAUCGUUAACUAAGAUUGGAGGAUUCAACUAAAGAAGAGGAAGUUUGAAAAGAGAAGAGAGUUUUUGGAAAGGGGAACUUUGUUUAGGAAAGAAGAUUUACUUAAUUUUUGGCUUCAUUACAAAUGAACAAGACACCUCCUAUUUAUACUUGUCUAUGGAUGAUUCUAAAUAAUGUACAAGGAAAAUU